AUGAAGAAAGACCAAAGUGCAGCUUGUUUAUUUUGCUAGAAAUAUAAACAAGAUGGUUCAUUCUCCCUUGUUCUUACAAAAGCUUUAUAUUGUAAAUAUGCUCAAUCAUAAAAUUUUUACUUCUAAAGAGACAUUAAUGAUAUUUUAGAAAACAAAAGAACUAAAUCAAGAAUUAGACACUAUGAUUUAAACAUGUUUGAUUUAGAAAAUGAAUACUUAAGAAGAUUUUAUAAAUCUUCAGAAACAAAUACUCGUAUUUAAUCUCUUCUUGAAUACUACAAAUAUCAUAUUAAUAUUCCAAGAAACUUUAAUUCGAACUUAAUUAAUUGUCGCAUGGAAAAGGUAAGAAAUAUAUAAUAUCGUAAAAUUAAAAAAGAAUUGGGAGUACAAAAUGAUGUGCAGUAGAGUCCAGCGAAAAAAAAGGAUUCAUCAGAUGAUUGUUCUGUUGAAAACAUGAAAUAUCUUUUGAAGGAUUUAAAAUUAGUCACAACAUAAGCUGAUUAUUCGAAAAUCACAAAUUCGACAUUGCUUAAGGAUCUAAUUAUUUAGAUUGGAAACUGUAAUGAAAUAUUAGAUCCAAUCGAUUUUUUAGAACCUAAAAAUCAGAUCAGAAUUAAUCACAUCUCAACCAAGAGUAUAACUUCUUCAAAUGCAAUAAAAUUGAACAUAGAAAAGUAAAUCAAAUCAAAUCAAAAUUUAAAAGCCCCCUUUGUCUCUCGUUAUCCAAAACUUGUAACAUCUAGCAAACCUCCUACCAUCAAGAUUGUAAUUUCUUAACAUUAAUAAAAUUCUCAUAAACAACUCCAAUAGCAGCAACCCAUAAAUAAAGGAUCAAUGACCACUAGAGUCAAAUCUAGGUAGGUUUCUAUGGGUAAUAUCGAUCUAGCCAAAUCUGGCUUACUUACGUCAAGAAGCAAUCAAAAUCAUCAAAUACCAUAACAACAUGAAGGAGUAAAUGAAGGACUUAUGGACUUUGCAAUUAAGCUAUUUUCUAAUUAAAGUACAAAGCCUCAAAGAAAAACUCCUUUUUCUUAAAAUAACAAUUUCUUUGUCAAAGGAAACAACAAUACUCAGCUGCAUCAAAUUCCUAAUAAGGAUGAAUUAAAAUUAUAGUUUAGAAGUUUAAGAUCAAAAAUAAUCUCUCCCAACAGAUAAAGUAAAUCACAUGUUGGCAGUCCUCAACAUCGGAAAAAAUAGCAAUAGUGA